UGUGGCGUGACGAAUAAGGCAAUUGUUGUCAGUAGGGGUGUACUUUGAGACACAUCGCUCUGUCUCUGACGAUCGAUCGGACUUCCAGGCCUGCUUCCUGGAUUUGCUACCGAUAGAGGCAUGAGAUGACGACGCGCGUGAGACGGUGGCAAGAAGCGUGAUCCGUAGGGCAUGAUGUUUUGUGUAUGGUGGCGCGAGUGUCGACUAGUAAGCAGCUUUGAGACCAAUUGUGCUAUCGGUGUCAGUAUUGGGUGUGGUGUUGCCAUUGGCAUUAUACUAAGUCGUAUGUCAGGUCGUGGGAGGGGUAAAGCUGGUGGAAGGCGUGGCCGUUGGUCUAACUGCGGACGCUACUGGAAGGCAGGCAAUGACCAGAGCAGUAGCAGUGGGCAACCAACAGCGAAUCCAGCGCAGUACAAUGGCGCGGUCCCAGUGGUGAAUCCAUAUCCUCCGGGAGUAAACCCGGUGCAAUAUGCUGCACCAUUCCAGGCACCUGCGGUGAUGCCAAUUAUGCCGCCACCCACGGCCUCGGCCGCGACACCUCCAACACCAAUGCAGUAUCAAGCAGUUGCACCUCAAGUGUCUCCCUGGGGAAUGCAACCGUGGCAAUGGCCAGCGCACGGGCAAUGGGCAGGGCAGCCUCCUAGCGUGCAGGCGGGGACCAGUCAUCAGCAAAGUAUUCAGUCGCAUCAACAACCUCUGAACCAGCAAGCUUCCACCUCGCACAACACCGGAGUUGGGAACAAUCCUGGGAAGGGCCCGACGACGAAUUCCUUUCCUGGCCCGGGAAACCGGGCGUACUUUACAAAAGAGUACAUGGACAUUUUGGAGGAUAUCAAGAUGAGCAAGGCGAUUGAGGAAGCACGGAAGAAGAUCUCGAGUGGUAGACGUGGUGGCGUUCGGAUUGUGGAACUGCCUGACGAAGGUAGCAGAUCGGAAGGUCGGUUUGCAGAUAAGGCGCGAUCCACUGACAAGAGUGAUGAGAUGAAAGCAUGGGUGACAUCAACUCUCGGUGACUCUCUCAAGCUCAUUACGGAAAAGCUACAGGAGGUCGACCAAAAGGCUAAGCUUGUUGCCGCUGAUAAGGCAGAGCUCGACAGGCUGCGGGAAGAGAAGGCCUUGAAGGAGAAGGGUAGCAUGGACCCGGCGAGUAAUGAAAAAAGGAAGAGAGGGGGGGAAUGUACCCCAGCGGCAAAUUCCCCUCGUAUCAAUCGGGUGAAGUCAUGCACAUGUGGAAGUAGCAAGGCAAAGUCUCGCUCGAAGAGGAUCGAGGUAUCUUCCAAUGAAGAAGAAACUGACACGAUGAAGCAUAACCUUCAACCGAAGAUGGGCACAAGCAGCGAGUUAGCGACAUCAAGACAAUCCUUGCUGCGCUCAUGCAGGGCAUAGGGAACACUAAGGGAAAAUCACCAGUAGUUGCACCUAUGCCUGUGAAGCCAGAAGCCAGU